CGUUUCAAACGGAGCAACAGUAUUUCCUUCUCAGUUCAGCGUUUUGAGCGCCCUUGGCCUUUCACUUUAAUCGUUCGAUUGGUUUUUUAUAGCAGAAGUCCACUGAAUAAUUGUCUGUCUUUAUUUCGUACAGCCACCCGAUCCGCGCAGCGACCAGACCACAGCAUGUUGCAAAGCGUUAUUGCCAACCGGACUCCGACGGGAGAGCUGCAGUACUUUAUCGUCUGCUCAGCUGCACCCUCGGAUCCAUCAUCUCCUUCGUCUCUCCCGCCACCCCCAGUCUCCUCGUUCGUUCCCAUCAAACCCAAACCUGGUGCCAGCGUCCCCGCUCCACCCGCAGAAGUUUCCAAUAUCCUCGAACUUCUCCAACCAGUUUCGUCCCAAGUUGUGAGUCUUGUGACGGAUUUGACUGGUGAAAACCCACAACCCUCAACAUCCGCGGAUGAUCAGUGCGUUCUCUGCACGUAUCGCUUAUCCGACACCAAGGACAAAAAACGCGCAGUCUUCAAAUUCCCUAAGGAUGCUGUGCGGCGGAAGAAAUGGGUGGAUGUGUGUCGCCAGGGAAAGGAGGACUUUGAGUUGCGUUCCGCGUCGUUCGUGUGCCAGCAGCAUUUUGCAGCUCAGUAUUUCCGUCUGCCGUUGCUGCGGAAUGGAAAGGAGAGGAAACGGCUGACGUGGUUUGCGGUGCCGUCGUUAACGGUGGCCACGGCGGAAGAGAAGGAUGGAGCGGAUGCGGAAUGUGAAGCUGGUGAUGAGGAUAUGGAAUGUCUCAACGCGCAGAUGCGAGUCUACAGUAACGGACUGCCGAAUGCGGUUGAUGUCCCGUUUGGACCUUCGCGUCUGGUCAUUCCUAGUCAAACGUUGCCUUCCGCCGAAGAAAAGGAGAACCUUUGCGGUAGCAGCAUAUACUGCCCAGAAUGUGAAAUUUUUGGACCGGAACCUUGUUGGCAGCACACGAAGCGCUAUAAGGACCGGCAAACAGUCCCGCUGGCAAAAGCUAGCCUUCCAUCGGUAUUACGAUUCAUUGCGGCGGAUGAGUAUCCUGACGCACCGACUGGAGUGUCUGCGCGCUCCUUCCUUCAUUCCCACUCAGUAUUCGGACCAAUGCGCGGUGUGCUCUGCAGUCGCAUGGGCGGUAAAUUUAUCGUCCCCGGCAAAGACUACCGGCAGUGCUACCAUCUGGAGUCGGACUACGCCUGCAACUGGAUGAAAUACGUUCACUUUGCGGACGAUCCCAAGGAGCAGAAUGUGGCAGUGGCUAUCCGGGACAAUCAGAUCUUCUUCGUCACAACCAAGGACAUCAAGCCGGGAACUGAGCUGAAGCUGUGCUAUUCGCAAAAAUAUGCAGAAACUGUUGGUACACUGCCUAGGCAUCCGUUAUUUGGAAAAUUAGUGCACCACGUUGCACCCGCCAUUACUAGCGAUCAAAAUAUCCCCAUAAGUCAAGAAGUUCUUGAGAACGCCCCCACCGCGCUGUUGGAGCAGAAUUCUAACAUUCCCGUUGUGGAUCACGAGAAUAAUUUGGUUUGUGGCGUAGCUGUGGAUGCAGUUCCCAUUUGCGACGGUGCUGAUGAACCGGAUAUUCCUGAUCGUUCCCUCAGUCCAGAAAUCGAUAGUGCACUGCAUGAACCUGGGGAUACUGAAGAUGAACACGCAAUAUCCGUGGAAGCCUCCUCGGAUGUGGUUCCAUACUGGACGUCAGAUGCGGUCCUCUUUAAAGCGGAAACAUUUUGCGGAAACGAUUGUUGUACUGACUUGACUGAAAAGGGUAAUUCCAGAAAGCGUAAGCGGAAAGAAAUCAGAGCGGAAGCGGUCAAAGAAAAAAGACCACAAAACUGCAGUACGGAAGCGACUGCUUCCGCAGCUGAUCAGCCUAAUCCGACAACGGAACUCGGAAUACCGAAGCUGGUAAAAGUUGUACGGAUGAAAGUGACUCCCUCUGCCGUUGAUCUAAAUGAUCAAGCUAAGGAAUUAGGCAUACCGUUAGAGAAACUAAAAUCGUUAAAACGAAUACGACCGAAGCCGGUAUCGGCGGAAACCGGAAAAGUCGUCAGCAAGUUCUUUCGAGAUCCGACCGCACUGGUGAAGUAUCCCUGUGAAAUUUGCCGCAAACAUUUCCAGACGGAAGCUCUGAUGCAGCUUCAUCAGCGCUUUCAUGACGAUGCGACAGAACCUGAUGGAAAUAAAGAUACUGGCGAUAAUGUUUGUCCUGAUUGCUCAGAGCGGUUCGAAAGUCUUCCCGAUCUCUUUAAGCACGUGGAGGGACACGGAAAGCCGUAUACGAAGAAAGAACAGUGUCCGGUAUGUAAAAAGUUCAUUGUUGCCCAUCUGCUGAGCCGCCACAUGAAGGGCAAUCACCCGAGUGGCGACAUGGACGAUGCUGCGGAAUAUACUUGUGAUGUUUGCCAGCAAGUGUUCCCCUCAGAAAUUAAACAUCGAGCCCAUAUCCAGAUCCAUAAAGUUCCCAAAUGCCUGAUUUGUGCGGAAAUCUUUGAGGGCUGGAUACCUCUGGGCCGGCACGCGUUAACCCACAAACAGGCGGACGGGUUUCACUGUCCUAGUUGUGAUGCCACCUUCGCCACCUUUCGCCGACUAACCGGGCAUUACCGUAACCAUCACGACGUCCGAUCUAUCUGCACCUGUACUGUGUGUGGUAAAAUUUUUAGAAAUAAAAUCGAUCUGUAUCAGCAUAUGCAGAUUCAGCACACCCGACGGGACUUCUCUCACGAAUGCACGGUGUGUGGGAAGAAGUUCCGGCUGCGCGAGACCAUGCGUAAUCACGUGGCCUUUGCGCAUACGGUCGGCGGACGACAGAGAAUGCAGCAGUCACAGACGAAAUACCUGAAAAAAGUGAACUAUGUGGCGCCGCGCAAACGCAUGUUGCUGGAGGAAUUCCCGCUGAAGUGCGACAAGUGCCAAGUGGGAUUCCUGCGAGAGGGACGGUAUCUGCGGCAUUUAAACAAAUUUCAUCCGGAAAUGCCGCUACCUUUUUCUGGUGGUAGCGGUUAACUGAAGCUAAUAAUCUCUCUCUUUGAUGAUUUUCUCGGACGAGUUGAAUGUGCUUCAGUGUAGUGAUCGCGAGAUUACGCCGUUUCAAGGCAUGCUGCAUGCACGGUAUUUCACUUCAUGUGUCAGUAUAACGCGUAUGAUUCUAAUAAACUUUCAACUUUCGUUUUUGACACUAACAGCUAACUGU